AUGAAAGCUCUCUGUGGCAGUGACGUGAUGCAAGAUGCUGCACCAAUAAACAUUCAUCCAAAAGCUUCUGUCACAGAUGCUUGUGCCUACAAGUAUGUUUCAGAGCUAUGGCGCAAGAAGCAAUCUGAUGUCAUGCGCUUUUUGCAGCGGGUGAGGUGCUGGGAGUACAGGCAGCAGCCUUCCAUUGUUCGUUUGACAAGGCCAACCCGCCCUGACAAGGCUCGUCGCUUGGGCUAUAAGGCUAAGCAGGGUUAUGUGGUGUACCGUGUUCGUGUACGAAGGGGUGGCCGAAAGAGACCAGUUCCCAAAGGUAUUGUUUAUGGGAAGCCAACAAACCAGGGUGUUACUCAAUUGAAAUUCCAGCGUAGCAAGAGGUCAGUUGCUGAGGAGCGAGCUGGACGGAAGCUGGGUGGACUUAGGGUCCUCAACUCUUACUGGGUGAAUGAGGACUCGACUUAUAAGUACUUUGAGGUAAUUCUGGUUGAUGUUGCUCAUGCUGCUGUUAGAAAUGAUCCCAGAAUUAAUUGGCUCUGCAAUCCAGUGCAUAAGCACAGGGAGCUGCGUGGGCUCACCUCUGCCGGGAAAAGCAACAGGGGUUUACGUGGCAGAGGACAUCUGUACCACAAAGCUCGUCCAUCCCGCAGGGCAACCUGGAAAAGGAACAAUACCCUUUCACUUCGCCGCUACCGCUAA